ACGCAUACAUUCGCAGGAACACACGAAGAUACACAAGCAAACAAACAACAUACUCAGAAUCAUAUGUAUACAAACACGCCUACACACACAUACAUAUCACACACACGCGCGUGCGCGCAAACAUGCAUAUCAUACACGCCUUGUUUAAUAAUAAAUUGA